AUGCACUGUGUCAUGAACUCUAUCCCUGUCUCUUCGAUGGAGGAAGGUGGCAGUGCCCCAACAGCAGCAUCACUGCCAGAGACAACAGCCGAUGGACAUCAGUUCUAUCCUUCACCAGUCUUCAAAGGAAGGGGGGGAGGACCAGGUUCCGACGUCAGUUCCACCAACAGUCCAUCAGAGUCUCCCUUGGUAAUCCCUGGCUCAAUAGGAGAGCCCUUGGUCCUAAAAAAUAGGGCUCCCAGGUGGCACGAGCAGCUUCAGUGUUGGUGCUUGAACUUCAGGGGGCGAGUUACAGUUGCUUCCGUGAAGAAUUUCCAACUCGUUGCUGCUUUUGAGCCCCACCACCAGAAUGUGUCAGCUGAAGAACACGAUCGGGUCCUUUUACAAUUCGGGAAGAUUGGAAAAGACAUAUUCACCAUGGACUAUAGCUACCCGCUCUCUGCUUUUCAAGCCUUCACACUCUGCCUCAGCAGCUUUGACACCAAACCAGCCUGUGAAUGA